UCUAGUAUUUGCGCUUCUCUAUGGUAUGUUUACCUCCGGAUGGUGGGGCGCACAAGUUCAGACACAUGGCGGACAGGCGUCUUAGAGAAUUUGGCUGCGAACAGAACUUACUGUCCCGGCCUGAUGGGUCUGCGUCAUUUGUACAAGGAGAUACCACUGUGGUGGUGGGCAUUUAUGGUCCAGCAGAGGUAAAGGUCAGCAAGGAAAGCUAUGACCGAGCAACUCUAGAGGUUAUUUUGAAGCCCAAAGUGGGUCUGCCAGGUGUGGCUGAACGUAGUCGUGAGCAGUUUAUUAGAGAAACAUGCGAAGCUGCUUUGUUGACUGCAUUACACCCACGUACGUCCAUUGUAUUGAUUCUUCAAGUCAUUCAUGAUGAUGGCUCUCUGCUUUCAUGCUGUCUAAAUUCUGCCUGCAUGGCAGCCAUGGAUGCAGGAUUAAAUAUGCGCUGCCUCUUUUGUGGAGUUACAUGUGCCAUUGAUUUGGAUGGAAACAUCAUCUUGGACCCUACAGCUAAGCAAGAGAAGGAGAGUCGGGCUGUGCUGACCUUUGCAAUUGACAGUGUAGAGCGUCAAGUAAUGAUGUCGUCAACAAAAGGAGCAUUCACCACUGCAGAGUUUCACCAAAGCAUUGCUAUCUGUCAGAAGGCAGCAGAGAGCAUAUUCCAGUUCUAUCGAGACUCAGUGGGACGUAGGUACUCCAAAUCCUGAGAGCCUAGAUGAGCACCGAGACCAAAGCUCAUAGUAGUCUUUUCCAGUAAAUCAAUGUAUUUUUAUAAUAGUUUUUAUUGUAAAUAAAUUUCUCAGAUUGA